UCUCUUUGAAUUAUAAAUUUUAUCAAAAAUAGGGCCAACAAUCUUCUAAAUCCUUUAGUGUCCAAAAAUUGCGAUCUUUUCUUCCUGUUCUUACCCAAUUUUUAUCAUCCCAAUGUUUGGAUUUUUAUAGUAGUGGUUAAAUUUCUAAGGUAAGAUUGGUUAUUUGGGAUUUUGCAGAAAUGGGUUCUUUUAAAGGUUUAAGAAUGGUCUAUAGAAAUCUACUAAAAGCAGUGGAAAAACAUAUAGGGAAGGAAGAACACAAGGUUCAUUUCACCGACUUCAUAAGAGAGGAGUUCAAGAAGAACAGAAAUCUUGAAUACCCAAAAGACUCUUCUUUUAUCCAACAAAGAAUUAAGCUUGCCGAAAAUUAUACUUACCUUCUCAACAGUGUCCACCAUCAUAAGGACCUAUUAUUUUCUUACAACAUUGCGGUUGAUAGAUCCAAUGAGAUGACAAAAGUGUUGGGUAAAUCUGCUGCAAGUGUGGGUCUCCGCCUUCCUGAUGUUUAUCAGUCUUGAAAGCUGCACAUUUAUGACGUCAAAGGUGGUUUCGGAUAAUUCCAGGAGACUGAAAACUGAAAUUAGCCCUGGUAGCCUAGACAACAAGCAUGGAGUUGGAAGCUCCCUUCCCUUUGGUGCUGAAAAACAUGCCAAAAGCAAAUGAAUUUUUUGUUGGUAAUUCUGAUGUUACAGUGUUAAACUUUGGUUUUAAACUAUUCCCUGGGAAAAAUAAACUGUUCUAAUGCUCUGAGUAGCUUAUUAUGUUCAAACUUCACAUUGGGCUCCACAAACUUACCUUUAUAAUAUCUUAUGCGUGUGAAUUGGCAAAAUGAACCUAUAUUUUGGUGA